UCAGAAGAAAGUAAUGUCUCAAAUAGCUCUCCGCGACUCUUAUUCCCUAUCCGUGACAUCAAAUGAAGCGACUGUCGUCGAAAUCGUUGAAGAUUUGGAUUCGAUGAAGCUGUCGGGGAAGAAGCCACCAUCAUUUUCCGAUAUGCCACUCGCCGUUCUUCACAAUAUCUUGGAUCACGUGAAGCCAAUUGAUCGGCUUAUCGUUCGCAAAGUUUCCCGUCGCUUCCGUGACACCGUCGACGAUCAUGAUCCUGGUUUCAAGGCAAUGGUCGUUCUCACCGGUGCGCGCGAAGAUGUCAUCCUGAAAUUCGACGACUUGUGCGUUUUUUAUUGUCGAAAUGGCGCCGGAUGCUCCAUCAAGUUCAAUAAGCAUGGAGCACUUCGCGAAAAAAAAAUCAAGAACGGAAGCUAUUUGAAGCUGGCUUCUGCCGACUUAAAAAUGAUUAUCAAUAAUCCGAAACUUCGUCUGGAGUCUUUUGAGCUCGAUUUUGUCAAGAUUCCGUAUACCGCCGACCAAAAAGCAAACAUGGAAGUCGUUCAAAUGUUGCUGAAGUCACCUAAAAAAUUAGACGUCGAAAAGCUCAAAAUCGUUGGAUUCCAUCAGGAACAAAUCCCGAUGGUUCUUCAAUAUUUUGAAAGAGAUCACAUUCAAGAGCUGAACUUCGGAGGUGCCGUUUGCCUCGGACAUCCUGGAAGAUAUGCCGAGUUGAAACAAUUGAGCCAUAUUCAGAUCCAGAGCAUGAAAAAGGUUGCGGAACAAGAUGCGGCGCAUAUCCUUGAGCUUCUCAAACGCUCUGCCACCAUCAAAUCGAUCAACAUCACGUCAUGUUUCGGACAGGACUUCAGUGAGGCCGUCAAAAUCCUUCAGCCGAAUUUCGCCAGAAGACCUAGUGGCGGCACCGACUUCUCCAUCAACGGCAAGGAAUUCCAUGUCGAGUUUAAUGUUCAAAACAUUAAAAUCGAAAAGAAAGUUCGCUAAUUUUCUGAUUAAAUUGUUAUAUUAUAAAUAAACCUGUUGAGUAUUU